CUGCUGUCCCAUGAUUCACGAGGAACCCGGCCAUGGUGGCUGGCCCCCACCCCAGCUAUGGAUGAGGUCACCUUCAAAAGUGACACUGUGCUCUCAGAUGUCCACCUCUACACCCCGAACCACAGGCACCUCAUGGUGCGGCUGAAUGGCAUGGGGCAGCCCGUUUUCCUGUCCCAGUUCAAGCUUCUGUGGAACCGAGACUCUCAGACAGACUCAGGGGUUGAGGGUGGCCGUCAUGCCAUGGGCCCCACAGAGGAAAUGCCUCCCUCUGGGCCGGGCAGUGCCAGACCCCCUCUGGGGAGUGGCUGCAGGAGUGAUGCCACCAUCCAGGAUGGGGUGGGAGCUCGGCUGGACGAGGACGGAGAUUUGGACGUUGAGAGGAGACCACGGGCAGCUUCGGACCCUGAGCCAGUGGGGCCUCCGAGAGACAAGGUACAUCCCACAAUUCUAACACAGGAGGAAGAUGACCCCCUGGCAGACGAAGCACAAGAGAGCAGCCCCCAGGAUAUCAUCAGAAUAGAACACACCAUGGCCACCCCCCUGGAGGAUGUUGGCAAGCAGGUGUGGCGGGGUGCCCUGCUCCUGGCUGACUACAUCCUGUUCCAACGGGACCUCUUCCAGGGACGCACUGUGCUGGAGCUCGGGGCAGGCACGGGGCUGGCCAGCAUUAUGGCAGCCACCGUGGCGCGUACCGUUUACUGCACAGGUAGGCCCACCAUCUCGGGCUGAGGGGAAGUAGUUUCCCCACAGGGUGCGCCCUGCUAUGUCAGAAAGUGAGG